AUGGCCAUCUGCUACCCUGUGGCCAUGGUCCUCAACAAGGGCUACAAAGUUACCAAGAAUGUUUUGAAGCCGCGACAACACUGCCGCUGUGGGCGCCUGACCAAACACACCAAGUUUGUGAGAGAUCUGAUCCUGGAGGUGUGUGGGUUUGCCUCUUAUGAGAAGUGGGCCAUGGAAUUGUUAAAGGUCUCCAAGGAUAAGCAAGCCCUAAAGUUCGUCAAAAAAAGGGUAGGAACUCACAUCCAUGCCAAGAGGAAGAGAGAGGAGCUCAGUAAUGUCCUGGCUGCCCUGAGGAAGGCCACUGCCAAGAAGGACUAA